UUAUUUUAUGACGUCAUAGCAGCGCGAACGCCUUUUUAAACGUGUGAGCUUCUUAACAACAUUCAAUUUCAACAGUGUUGCUAAACAGAACGGACGACGGUCUUCAUGAUGAAGACAUUUUUGUUAUAUUCGUUUUUGCUUCUAAAUAUUUAUCAAGGUGUGAGCGCCUAUAUGGUAUGUGGCGGAAAAACAUAUUUCUCAGCGACGCCAAGAUAUUUUGUUUGUUGUGGUAAAAGUUUAAGCCCAAAAUUCAGUAGAUUUACUGUAUGCUGUGGAUCACGAGCCUACAACCCAUCAUCUCAAGAUUGUUGUGGUGGCAAAGUAUUCAGGAAAACCGAUGUUAAUUCAGGCUGUUGCUAUGGAAAAUUCUAUCAACGAGGUGAAAAAUCGUGUUGUGGUAGAGAGUUGAUUGAUUUGAAGACGCACGGUUGCUGCAGAAACGAAGUUUUUCAGAAGAGUUAUGAGUUUUGUUGUAACGGAGCACGCACUCCGAAUUUACUCUUCGACUUGACGGUGAAAGCAAAAUGUUGUGGUAAGAUUCUUCAUGAUCCUAAGAAGACAAUUUGUUGCGCCGAAAAGAUAGCACCAAGAAUUGCUGGGAUAUUUACUAAAUGUUGUAAAGAAUCCACAUAUGACUUUCGGAGAGAGUCGUGCUGCAAUGGAGGGACCAUCCGAAGAACGCCUGGCAAAGAUAAAUGUUGCUUCCGCAAAAUGAUGGACAGUAGGAAGAGUAUAUGUUGCGACUAUGGAAUCAAGAAACGAAUUUAUGGCAGAGACACCGGCUGUUGUCGUAUGGGCCUCUGGAAAUAUGAAAUGUUUAACAAUAAAGAACAGAUAUGCUGCUCGAGAAAUAUCGAGAAAAGAACAGCAGGGUAUUCAACAGGAUGCUGCAAUCAAAAAGCCUUUGAUGUUAAGAAAGAAAUUUGUUGUGAUUUAAAAGUUAUCAAAAGAACACCUGGCAAAAGUGAGAGAUGUUGCGGAAGUGAGCCAUACGAUAGACAAUCAAAAAUCUGCUGCUCCAAAAAGUUGAAAGACUUGCUGCCUGGUACAGAAAAGUACACAUUUUGCUGCGGAAGCAAUAGUUACGACAGAAGAAAGUUUGAAUGUACCAAAGGUUAUGUCCUGAAAUCCCUCAACCGGGAGAAGGUGGCGACAAAAGAAAGUGAAGACAAUUGAGUGGACUUGAAUAUCAGUUUUUUUUAAUUCAUUUAAUGUAUUUAAAAUUGUAUUAUCUUGCUAAUUUUUAUUGUAUUCAUAUUUCUUAUGAUUGUAACUUAUACAAAAAAACUCGAUGAAUAAUUUA